ACAGCAAAUCUUUGCGAUUAAAUUUCUUGUGACAAUUGUUGCUCUUCCUCUUGCUAACGGUCACGCAAUCACAGUAUUAGCCAAGUAGCUAUACACGUGCGCUAUAUAUAGCCCACAAAGGUAUCUAUAAAUCUGGCAUGCUGUCAUCAGCUUCCGAAAUGGAAAGGCAAUAAAUAAAGCGCCCAUGUUGUAGAUGGGCAUGCAGUUAACAAUUUGUAAUGCCAAUGCAAAUAAAAAUGAAAAGCUUUUAAGACACAAAUGUCAAGCAAACAAGCAGAGCUUUCAUCCCGUUACCUGCAAACAGCUGAUUUGAAAUCAGAAAUCCCAUUAAGCGUACCCCCAACCCAUCGCCGACUCACAUCUCGCGCUAACAAUACAAGUUCAUGGUCAACACUGUUGUUGCUGUCGGAUUAGCGCGCUCAAGCUGAAGUCCUAGUGAUUCCAAAUGGCUUUAAUACGUUGCUGCUUUGAGCCACCAGAACUGGAGCUGCCCGAGUUUUUCGAUGGCUUUAUACAGAAAUGCACAGAUCCCAGUUGUUGUUGCGGCUGCUGCUCGGCGCUGCGACCGCGCUACAAGCGGCUGGUUGACAACAUCUUCCCAGUGAAUCCAGAGGAUGGCUUGGUCAAGUCCAAUAUGGAAAAGUUGACGUUCUACUCGCUCAGCUCACCGGACAAGCUGGAUCGCAUUGGCGAGUAUUUGUACCAAAAGGCAACCAAGGAUAUAAAUCGCAAGCGUUACAAGCUGGCUGAGAUAGCUAUGGAGGCUAUGGACCAGCUGCUGCAGGCUUGUCAUGCGCAGACUUUGAACCUCUUUGUGGAAUCUUUUCUACGCAUGGUGCAAAAGCUGCUAGAGGAUUCGAAUCCGAAUCUAAAGAUAAUGGCAACCAAUUCGUUUGUGAAGUUUGCCAACAUUAACGAGGACACGCCGUCUUAUCACAGGCGCUACGACUUUUUCAUAUCGAAGUUCUCGUCCAUGUGUCACAGCGACAGCUCGGAUCUGCGUGAUAGUCUGCGCUUGGCGGGCAUUAAGGGUCUACAGGGUGUAAUACGCAAAACAGUAUCCGAUGAUCUGGUGGAGAACAUUUGGGAGGCACAGCAUAUGGAGAAAAUAGUGCCCUCGCUUUUGUUCAAUAUGCAGUCGGGCGACAUGGUGCCCGUGGAGGAUGCCAGCAAUGUGACGCCACCCGUGCUCGCCGAGGAGGUGCUGCGUGAGCUUGUGGGCCGCGCCAGCUUUGGCCACAUCCGCAGUGUGCUCAAGCCCUUGCUUACUCAUCUGGAUCGCCAUGAGUUGUGGGUGCCCAACACCUUUGCUAUACACACAUUCCGCAUUGUGAUGAUUUCCAUACAGCCGCAGUAUUCCUACACAGUGGUGGAGACACUUAUGCAGCAUUUGGACAGCAAUUUCAAGAGCUCGCCACGCACACGCACCUCGUUGGCAGUGGUGCUCUCCAAGAUUAUUGCCAUUGCGGCUGGCGAGAGCGUGGGUCCCUCUGCCUUGGACAUUAUCAACAAUCUACUGACGCAUCUGCGCACCAGCGUUAGCACCACCACUGAAAUAACAGCCGAGGAGUCGCAGUAUCAGGAAGCGCUAAUCAAUGCGCUCGGCGAGUUUGCCAAUCAUCAUCCGGACUAUCAAAAGAUUGAGAUCAUGCUGUUUAUUAUGAACACAGUGCCAGAUCUUUCGAAGAAAAGCAAAGGCGAUCAGAUGCUGCAGAAUAUUCUGCUGAAAUCACUGCUCAAGGUGGGCACCCAAUACAGCACCGUGUCCUUCGAGAAGGCCUUUCCAGCCUCGUUUCUGCAGCCGUUGCUACGCAUGGCGCGUGCACCACACGAUCCCACGCGCAUUAUUGUAAUGCAGAUCUUCCAGGCGCUGCUCGAUCGCCAUCAAAACGAACAGGUGCUGAGCACAGUGAGCAUUAAGCCGUAUCCGGCGCUAUCACAGGAGCCGCCUUCGCGCUCAGACAUUAUCUUUACACAUAAAUAUGGCGCCAAUAUAAUGCAGGCGCUGAUCGAUAGCAUGGCACUGUCCGAUCGCGUCGAUGCGCUCUCGGCAAGCUACAACACGGCCGCUUUGCUAAUUGUGGAAAUGUCCUGCAGCGAAACAGUGCAAGAGUUCUUGCUGUUUAUACUCGGCAUACAGCAAGUUGCAUGCACUGUGGACACUUUGGGCGCCGUGCAUCGCUGCAAUCUGCAUGCCAUUGCCAUUUCGCUGCUGGUGCUGAUUUCGCGCGUUAGUGGCAUCAACAAUCUGCUCGAAUAUGCACAAAAGAUAAUUGAAGCACGCCGCGAGGAGGCGGUUUACUAUCUGCCCCCGCUGCUCGAUGCCAAGAAGGUGUCUGCGAAGAACCUUAAUCUAGCGCUGCCGCAUUUAUCCAUCGAUAAGCUUGCUUUGGGCGAGUGCAUGCAGAACGCUGGCAUGGAUGCACAGCGUCUGAACACUGGUGCGCCCUAUAUGCUCAACCAGACCGAUAAUCCCGGACAUCGUCACUCCUGGGUGGAAUCUGUGAGCGCCAACAUGACAACGCGCAAUAGCUCCGCCGAUUUGACAGUAUAUAAUGGUGAUGUGGACAGCGUGAAUAGCUCGCCAGGCGUUUGCAAGAAGCUACUCGCACCAGAGUACAACUUUGAUGCCAUGAAGCGUGCGCUGGCCGAGCCCACCGAGGCGGCCAAGCGCGAGCAGCGUGAGCGACAAAUGCAAAUAGUGCGCACCUUCCGUGAGGGUGAAUUCGAUGAGCUCAUGCGACGCACAGAACCGAAGCACGAUCUCAUACAGAAUCGUCUGAAUGAACUCUUCAACUCGCUGGCCGUGGAGCGUCAAUUAACGCAGAGCGACAGCAAAGCGACGCAGCAACAUGCGCAGCAGGAGAAACCCGUCUAUGAGACAAAGUUUCCGGAACUAUUCUAUUAUUAAAUGGCCGGCGAAUAUAUUGUAUUGAAAAUAUAAAUUAUUAGUAUAUAGCUUGGGACUGGAUUAAGUAUUAAUUUAUUGCAAACUCUUUUUGUUAAAUUGUGCAGUUAUUAUUGUUACUAACGAAAUGAAUAAAAGUACU